GAAAUGGCUUUUCCGCGAACGCGACGAAAAAUUCUUUAACAUAACGUGUAGCAGCGCUUUUCAUCGUCAGUUUGGUUAGUCGAACCGCAGCAUUCGCUCCUACGACGUCAGCUGCUCGGACUUCAAUUCAAUUUGUUUUUCUCCCUAAGUUUUUUCAACCCUAAACCGUAGCCAUGUCCGACGAUGAAGAGUACACCAGCUCCGAGGAGGAGGAGGUUGUCGAGGAGACCCGCGAGGAGACGUAAAAAACCACCUCAGACACCAGCCGAAGGAGAGGGCGACCCAGAGUUCAUCAAGCGUCAGGACCAGAAGCGCUCCGACCUCGAUGAUCAGCUAAAAGAAUACAUCACCGAGUGGCGCAAACAGAGAUCCAAGGAGGAGGAUGAGCUGAAGAAGCUGAAGGAGAAGCAGGCCAAGCGCAAGGUCACCCGCGCCGAGGAGGAGCAAAAGAUGGCCCAGCGCAAGAAGGAGGAGGAGGAGCGCCGUGUCCGUGAGGCUGAGGAGAAGAAGCAGCGCGAGAUCGAGGAGAAGCGCAUGCGUCUCGAGGAGGCCGAGAAGAAGCGCCAGGCUAUGCUGCAGGCCAUGAAGGACAAGGACAAGAAGGGCCCCAACUUCACCAUUGCCAAGAAGGAUGCAGGCGUGUUGGGACUCUCGUCCGCCGCCAUGGAACGCAACAAGACUAAGGAACAGUUGGAGGAGGAGAAGAAGAUCUCGCUGUCGUUCCGCAUCAAGCCCUUGGCCAUCGAAGGAUUCGGCGAGGCUAAGCUGCGCGAGAAGGCCCAGGAGCUGUGGGAGCUCAUUGUCAAAUUGGAAACUGAGAAGUAUGACUUGGAAGAAAGGCAGAAACGUCAGGACUACGAUUUGAAAGAGUUGAAGGAAAGACAGAAGCAACAGCUCAGGCACAAAGCCUUGAAGAAGGGUCUCGACCCGGAAGCUUUGACUGGCAAAUACCCGCCCAAGAUUCAAGUCGCCUCCAAGUAUGAGCGACGUGUGGACACCCGCUCUUAUGACGACAAGAAGAAGCUCUUCGAGGGUGGCUGGGAUGAGAUCUCCAAGGACUCGAACGAGAAGAUCUGGAACGAGAAGAAGGAGCAAUACACCGGCCGUCAAAAAUCCAAACUGCCAAAGUGGUUCGGCGAGCGACCAGGCAAGAAGGCCGGUGAGCCCGAGACACCCGAAGGCGAGGAGGACGCCAAGGCCGAUGAGGACAUCGUCGAGGAUGAUGAGGAGGUCGAGGAGGAGGUCGUCGAGGAGGAGGAUGAGGAGGCUGAGGAGGAUGAGGAGGAGGAGGAGGAGGAAGAGGAGGAGGAAGAGGAAGAGGAGGAGGAAGAGGAGGAGGAGGAAGAAGAGGAAGAGGAGGAGGAGGAAUAGACCAAUCCACACUCUGGGCCCGCCCUCGCGCACCACUUUCCUUCACCACUUUUCGUAAAAACAAACACUACAUUUAAAUACCAAAGCCAAACAAUUUUAAUAAAAGUAAAAGAAUGAACUAAGUAGUUAUGAUAUCUUAGCUUAUUCGCCCAACAACUUGCUAUUCAAAAUCAAAAACUCAACAUCUUUUUUUAUUGAAUCGAGAAAUGUAAGAUUUCUUUUAAAAUAAAACAUCAAAACCAACACCAACUAAGUCAAAUACUAGCAAAAACCAAAAACAAGCAACAAAAAAAAAAAAAAGAUAAGCAAUCGAGAUAUUAAAGUGUGUUAUGGCAUCAUAUCUAUGAAAA